AUAUUAUACUCUUUGGUACAAAUAAUAUUCUAUAGUCUAUGCUUGACUGAAAAUUUGUUUUGUUGAGUUUUUGUAGAUUGUCAAUAUUUGUGGAAUAUUGUUUUAAUCCAAUUUAAUCCUUGGAAAUAGUGUUAUUUUGUUGUUUAAUUGAAGUGUUUGUGUAACUACAUUUUUCAAAAUGUCUAUUGGUGUUCCUAUUAAAGUACUUCACGAAGCGGAGGGCCAUGUAGUGACUUGUGAAACGAAUACCGGAGAAGUUUAUCGCGGGAAGCUAAUUGAAGCCGAGGAUAAUAUGAAUUGCCAGAUGACGCUUGUUACCGUAACUUACAGGGACGGACGCGUCGCCCAGCUGGAGAAUGUGUACAUUAGGGGCUCAAAGAUUAGGUUCCUGAUAUUACCUGACAUGUUAAAGAAUGCACCUAUGUUUAAACGACAAGGGAAUAAGCCUACAGCCGGGCGCGGCAAAAGUGCAAUAUUACGUGCACAAGCUGCUGGUCGAGGUCGAGCAGGUGGCCGAGGCGGAGGGCAUAGAGGAGGCUGGCAGGGUGGAUCUGGACCUUCUCGACGUUAGACUGGUGUCUAUGAUAGUCAACAGUGAUAAUAUUAAUAUAAUUAUUAUUAUAAGUAGGCUAACAUGGUUUGAUUAGUGUUAAGUUCCCUUUUUAUGUUCAUUGUUUUUCAGUAUUUAACAAAAUUUUAUGGAAUAUUGAAAAAGUUUUAUGCUAGAAAUAUUACAGUCAGUCUCAAUAACCUUGUUUUCUUAAUAUGGACCUCAAAAGAGUUUUAUCCUGUGUUGUGUCACACAGACACAUCACAUUCAGAUCUGGAAUGACACAAUGCUCCUUGCACAAGUUGAAACUAUAACCCAUGGAAGUUAUCUUAGAAUUCUAUCUCUAAAAGAGAAAAUCAACAGGUAAUUG